AUGGCGCCACAAGUUGAAAUCUCCUUACCCAAUACGACCGUCUCGGGCACCUCCAAGCCCUACACAAUCUACAACAUCACAUUACGGCUGCCUUUACGUUCAUUCACGGUUCAGAAACGAUACUCCGAUUUCCUCGCCCUACACAAUGGACUAACUGAUCAAGUGGGAUCGCCGCCUCCUGUCUCCCUCCCGGCUAAAUCCUGGUUCUCAAAGACCAUUUCAAAUCCAGAGCUGACAGAAGAACGGCGGCGAGGCUUAGAAACAUAUCUCAAGACCAUCAACGAAAUAGACGAUCCGAGAUGGCGUAUGACAAGCGUGUGGAGAACCUUUCUCAACCUGCCUAGCUCUUUCGCGAACCAUACAUCGAAUAAAGCUGGUGCUCUGCACUCAGCUAUAUCAGGGCCGGCGGGGGGCGGCGCACCCAUCACAGAUCCUGUGGUCUGGCUCGAUUGUCAUCGAGAUCUGAAGGGACAACUUCAUGAUGCACGCCUGAACUUAACGAAUCGUGAUCAAGCUACGACGCUACAGAAACAACACGAAGCCAGUGCCGCAGCAAAGAGUUGUCUUGUCAAGGCGGGUUCGAUGAUCACGGCACUAGAAGAAGGACUGACAAAUAUACAAAAAGUGGCAGACAGUGGGUGGGGAGGGCAAAAGCUCGGAGAGGGUGAAAUAAGGAGAAGGAAAGAUUUGAUAGCUUCAGCGAAAAAGGAUAGAGAUGGCCUGGAAAACCUACUGAACGCCAUGGCCACCAAAUCGAAGCUGGACAGUGCUGUCGCAUCCAUGCAGGAGACCCAGAAUCUUAUCUCCACAAGACCCAAAGUUGGAGGGAGAAUACUCGGAAAAGAGACUGCAGAGACAAGAGAACUGGACAAUCAAGGAGUAUUGCAACUGCAGAAACAAAAGAUGGCUGAGCAAGACCUGAACGUUGAAGAAUUGCGAAAGAUUGUCCAGAGGCAGAAGGAAUUGGGUAUCGCCAUAAACCAGGAACUUGAAAUCCAGAACGAGAUGCUGAGAAUGGUUGAUGACGAUGUUGAUCGUGUUAAGGGAAAGAUCGAUAUAGCAAAGAGAAGGGUUGGAAAGAUAUCUUAG